GUUGGCCUUUCGGGGGCGUGUCGCCACACCUGAGCUCUGCGUGCUGCACACAACAUGAAGCAGCAGGAGCAGCUGUCAUCCGUCAACAAGAGGCAUCAGUGCAGGUUUUCCUCCACUGCUCGACCCUUUCCAUCAACCUUCGAAUCACCAGCGGGAAAAGCAGCCGUGACUCCUCUGUGCUCCCCCAGCACCCCGGGUCCCGGUGCCACCACCCAGCAGAGAUGGCGAAGAGCUCACCCAGAAAGUCCCUGAAAAGUUUGUUCUCCAAGAGCGAAGCCAGCCUGGCUUCUCCGGCGGAGAAGACUGUGGACAAGAGUGAGGGAGAGAGGAAGAAGUUUAAAUUCUUAAAGCUCAAGAUGAAGUCGAAGACUGGCUCUGCCUCCGAGAAGAAGCCGCCUAAUGAGAAGCAGCAGGCGCUCAGUGCUGUUGAGCCCAGUAACACCACAGAGAACGGAGAGGCCUGGGCUGACAACAUGGACUCGAACAACAAGAGCUCUCUUCUGUAUGCCACCACAUCCAGGUCAAAGGGCAAAGAAUUCAGCUACUCGGAGAUGGACCUCCGCAAGCCCAAAAGAUUUGCCACCUUUUCCUUUGGUUUUAAAAAGAAGAAGAAGAAACAUGAUGAAAAUAUCUCUAAGAGCACGUUCGGCCUUCAUAGCCCAGGCGUGGAAGAAGAGACUCCACUGGACCUCAGUCAGAUGGAGUUGGAUCAGGCCAACACGAAGACGACGUUCAGCAUGUCUCAGCCUGAACUCGACACCAGCGAUACAUUCGACAUCCCUUCUCCUCCCCCUGUGGCUAUAAACCAGUCAGAGUCACAUUUCACUUUCCCUAACAAGUCAAAGUCAUCUGUUGUGACAAACGCUCAACUAGAAGCAAAGGACCCUCCGACAAACAACUCAGAUCUUUCUGAUGCACCUAAGGAUCUGCAGGAAGCACCAAUUGCUACCAUUUCUGAGCUGCAGCUGGAUAAUCUAGAUUCAUCUGAGGAUAAAGAGAACCUUCCUGUUCCUGAUAAUUCAUCCCAAAGUGAGUCCAAUUCAGCUGCCCCCACGACUCAGAUGGAAACCACCUCUGCUGAUGAAAUCCAGACUGUACCUGUCACUCCAGCUAGCCAGCCUUCAGUCAUACCUGACGCCUCAGAUCAUAAAGUAGCAGCUGCUGAUUCGGGCUGCACGAUCAGUGGCCCAUGUGACAGUGACGUUCCCCAAGAGUCUGACGCAAAAACAGCUGAAUCCACCACAGUUACUUCAUCACAUCACCAACCUGAUGCCCCUGACACAGGUGACGCCACAGCUCCAGGUGAUAUGUCCUCCCUGGCAAGUGCCGACUCCAAAAUUGUUGCCACUAUUGCAACAGAGUCAACCCCUGUUGUUCACACUGAGUGCUCAGCUCUCAAAACAGAUUCUGUUCCUGUCCCUCAAGAAGUCUUAAUUUCUCGCACUGAGAGAUCUGCUCCUGAAACUGCCACCAGUGCCAUCACAACGUCAGGAGUUAACUGUGAUAAGAGUGCACAUCCUGUCAAUCAAGAUGAACUUUAUGGAGCACUGUAUGAGUCACUUUUUCCCCAGAGUUUUACCUCAGAGGCAAUGUCAUCCCUGUCGAACCCUCCACCUCAAAUCUUUACAGAGGUAACAUGUCUUAAGACCAAAUUAGAACCUGUCAUGGUUAAAACCUUGGAUGAACGUAACACAGAAACUAAUGUUAAAUACUCUCGCCUGUCAACUUCACGUGAGUCUGACUCCACUGCUGGACGGAUGGAUGAUGCUGUAGGAGGAUAUACUAACAUAAAUGCAGCCUUUAGUGAGAGAAAAGGGAUUUCAUCUGAUGAGAGCUACAGAUUUACUUCUUACCAAACGUCCUCUGUUUCUGAGCCUCAUGGAGAGCCAGAUAUCCGCCGCAGAUAUCUGCCUUCCUCUCUCCAUUCAGCUGCUGAAGAGACCAGAUCAGUUGGCAGCAGUAACAUUCCUUUCUCAGAGCUGACCCACUCCUGUUCGGAGGUAAAAUCAAACAGUCUCAGCCUCAUUAGGGACACUGUCGGGUCUGUUCCUGUGGUUCAAAACUCGGCCCCUCCCGUUUCUGACUGUGUGACAUCCCAGGGGACAGAUACUCAGGUUACUGAGUCCGCACGGAGAGUGAUCCUGGUCAAAGAGUUAGUCACAGAUGAGACAAACGCUGACGCUGGUUGUUGCUCUCCUGUGCCUGAAAAAAUGAACGCAGACUCAGCGAAGAGUCUUGAGAUUAAAAUUGAAACAACAGGUCUUCCUGUACAGAUGGAUGGACAUGAUAUGCCUUUAAGUCCAACAUAUCUGAGCGUAGGAUCAGAUGAUGGCAGUGCCAUGGAGGUCUACUACAGCGCUGAAGAGGACAACGCUGAGAGCGGGGAUGAAGAGAUGUACACAGUGGAUGAAAGAGAAGAAAUUAGUAUGAUAGGUGGGGUGAAAGAGAUCGUCGGGCUGUGUGAGGAGUUUCCACAACAGAACGAGAUUGCAGAAGAGGAGAUGAGCCAGAGGGAUGAGGGAGAACUGAGGGUAAUUGCUAAAAUGCAGGAGGAGGGAGACGAAAUGGCCGAGGAAGAAAAGAAAGAGGAUGGAAAUGGCCGGAGUGAAGUGCAGCAACAAGAGCAACUAAGAGGUCAGAGUCCAGAAGCUCAGGUGCAAGAAACUGAAAAAGCUGAGUUUCUUUUGGGCAACGAUACAAAGGGAAAUGAGGAAGUAGCAACCACAGCAAAGGAGUUACUGGCCACACCGGUUCAGCAGGCGAACACACUGAUGGUAUGUGACUUUACUCCACCCUCCAGUGAGCCGAAUGGGCAGGAGGAGGGAAACUGCAUCGAGGAAUUUGAAAGAGAAGACCACGUUAAUGGAGAGAAACAAAUCCCAAGCCAGGGGAUAGAAUAUCUGGCAUACAAAGACAUUAGCAGUUCUGAAUGUGUAGCUGCUGCUGCCAGUAAUACAAAAGAAGAAGACACGAUCACGCCCAAAUUUAGAGAGGCAGAAGUUUCACUUACUGCUGCAGCAGACGAGAGAGGUGAAAUGAGCAAAGAAAGCACAGAAACCAACAGUAAUGCAACAAAAAGUGCCGUCACAGAUACUUCUGGUGGAGUCAGGGUCGUCACAGGCACUUUGACACACAGUGCUGAGCUGCAAUCAGAUGCCACAGAGACUGAACACAAUAGGGCUUCACAGAGUAGUGAGUGGGUGGAUACAAUUACUCAGAGCACAGACAGAAGCAGGACGAUACCACAACAGGUGACAGUCGAGCUGUCAGCCCCAAACAGUGACACACACCCUGCACGCACUGAAGCUGCAGACACACCGACAGAGAGACACAAUCAUCCAGCAGAAGCCCAACUCCACCUGAAUCAGGGGUCCCCUACAGCUUCAGAGACGCUCACUGCAGCUUCAGAAGUCUUUGCUUCAGAAAAUCAGUCAACUAAAGCUGACCAGGAAUCAGCUGACAAAAUGUAUUCAGGCUACAGCAGCCUGAUAACCAAACUGUCCGUAAAGAACUCAUCUCCUACUAAAGAGGAUGAAUCUAGAUAUCGUUUCCAUAAAGUAUCACUCAUCAGUGGGGCUGAUACCAGUGAGGCCAGCCAGGAUACAGUGGACAAAUCAAGCGCCACUGAGACUGAAUUGAAUGGAGAAGAUCCCAGCUCAAAGUACAAAUGGAAAAAUAGAUUUGAAGGGGUUUCACAGUACAAAUCGUACGGAACAGAGGAUUACACGUCCUCUGAUUCUCUGCGUUACAGGACGUCUGACACCUACUCUGGUACCUCCUCCUCCUUGUCCUCCUCUGCUCUCCCUGAGACUGUAGUGUACAGAUAUCAUGGCAACACCUUUUCCUCCUCCUCCUCCUCUUUCUCCUCCCCCUCUUCAGAGGAACAUAUUACCCUUGGCAACAGGCUGAGCGACAGCAGCAAAGUUUUCCUGAGCGGUGAGGGCGAGCCAGCAGGAGAGCAGAAAGAUGAGCAGAGGAAAAGCUUAGUGGAGCAGGAGGAGGAGCCUCCUACUGCACCUGCAGGUGAAAGAGAGCCACAGAGAGAGGGAGAGUCAAAGAGGAUAAAGUCACGCUGGGAGAUACAAGAGCUCCCUGUGCCCAGCUUCUCCUUGGCAGAAGAAACCAGCCACGACAACGUCGACAGUUUAAAGGAGGAUAACGACGAUUCCUGUUUUACUGGAGUGUUCCAGGCCACGCUCGUGGAGCUUGACUCCGACCCCACAGCUGCCCCCUCCUCUCCCCCUGCCUCCCCUAAAGCAGACGCCUCCAACCAGUCUGAUAUGGAUAGCCUGGUGGAUACCCUGAAGAGCAUGGGACCUUCCCUGAGGUCGAGGAACAUGGGCCUGCGUGGAGCUCCUCCCGUCCUCAUCUCCUCCCUGCCACCAAUUGUCGAGGAUGCUCCCAGCCCUGUCACUGCUGAUGUCCCUGAUUCUCACACCAGCCUCAUAAAAAAGACGGAAACAACAGGCAACUUUGCAGAGUCCCGCAACGGACUUUACACUCUUCCAGCUGACCUGGGACUGAAGAGGAGUGCCGCCAGAGACACUCGCUCUCCACUGGAACUGAUGAAGCAGAACCAGCAGCAGGACCAGCAGCAGCCUGCAACAAGAGGUCUGAACUCAUCCUUAAGAGCAUCUGCGACCAACAGUAUUGUAAUGAGAAAAUCCUCAGACUCUUUUCUUGAGGACUUACACUCUCAUGUGCUUAAUGGAAACGAAGUAUCUUCCAUCCUUGGCUCUCGCUUAGACAACAGUGUUAUCUUUGCAAGCCAGAAGUCAGCAUCCGUAGAUCAGACACUGGAAAACAGACCAGCUCUUCACCCACUCCUCCGCACCAGCUCACUACCAGAAACAGGUCUUUUAAAUGAUCGCCUGCAUGUGGGAAAGAAAGACCUUGAACCGGGCAGUGGAACCGAUCCAGCGGGAUCCCGAUAUGAGCGCUUCUCCUUCCUUUUGAACUCCUCAUCCUCCGCCUCUGGCUCCUUGACUGGGGCUGAAGACUCCAACAAUCGUGUAAGCAGGCCUCCACAGUCAAGCAUCAGCUCGCCACCCUCCAGCAACAGUCCCACCCGCCUCCUCAGUCCCACUGGCUCCAUUGACCUCCACAGGUCUUUGAACGCCACAGACUCCCCCCUGUCUGUCUUUGGGCAGACACAGGUUGGGGGGGCAGGUGUAAGUAGUGGAGGAUUCUUCACUCCCACCCUGCAGAGGACCAUGAGUGGUGAAGGCUCCUUGGGGUUAAAGCAGACUUCAUUAUUCAACAAUGGCCAUGGAGGGUCUCCACUCCAGAACCAAGAACAGGAGGCUGAGAAGAAUUUAGCAUUGAAAUACAGAGCCUUCCCUGAUGCUUAUCUCACUAAAGAGAAGGAACAUGGGAAGCUCAAUCCUCGCCCUGGAAAGAUGUACAUCUUUGACCGGCCAGGGAUGUGUGGUCAGAGGAUCGAGGUGCGCAGUGAUGUCAUUGACGCUACGCCGUGGGAGCUGCAGGAGACCAUUUCCAUCAGAGUAGUCAGAGGAGGAUGGGUGCUGUAUGAGAAACCUAACUUCAAAGGGGAGAAGAUCGCUCUGGACGAGGGAGACAUCGAGCUCACCUACCCCUUCAGCCCUCCAGAGGAGCUGCAGAACGGACAGAAGGAGGCACAAGAACAGAGCAGAGAGACGAGUGUUGUGAAGGCAGAGGCCAAGCCAGCCAGGAAGUUUAUCAUUGGAUCGAUUCGAAGAGCUGUCAGGGACUACAGCGUUCCAGAAAUCAGUCUUUUCCCAGAAGAGAACGCAGAGGGAAAGAAGGUCAUCUUCAGAGAUACAUCUGAAGAUGCCAGGAUUUUUGGCUUCCCCAUCAAGGCUAACUCUAUCAUCAUUAAUGCUGGGCUGUGGCUCGUGUAUACACAACCCUUCUUCAAGGGUGUACCACGAGUCCUGGAGGUGGGCGGGUACUCCAACCCUGCAGCCUGGGCAGUGGAAAGUCCCUAUGUGGGAUCCCUGCAUCCACUCAAAGUAGGUGAACCAAGAGUGGAAAAUAUGGCUGAACCAAAGAUGGUGAUCUACGACAAGCCCUAUUUCACUGGAAAAUCGAGGACCAUAACCACCAACAUGAAAGACUUCAUGACCCGAACAGACAGGCAGCAGACGGCCUUCAUGUACAACGUUGGCUCCCUUAAAGUGCUGGGAGGAAUCUGGGUGGGCUACGAGAAGGAGGGCUACCGAGGCCGCCAGUACCUGCUGGAGGAGGGAGAGUACCACGACUGGAGGGUGUGGGGAGGCUGCGAUGCUGAGCUGCGCUCCGUCAGGGUGAUCCGAGCGGACCUGACAGACCCCUUGAUGGUGAUGUUUGAGCAGCCAGAUGAAGAGCGGGAGGACAUGCAGGAGGAGAACACCUUCGAGGUGACGGAGGCCAUUCCAGACGUCGAACUGUUUGAGUACAAAACCUCCACACGCUCCAUCCACGUACUCAGCGGGGCAUGGAUAGCCUACUCACAUGUGGAUUUCUCAGGGAACCAGUACAUCUUAGAGAAAGGCUUCUACAAUAACUGUGCUGACUGGGGUUCUCAGGACAACCGCAUCUGCUCAGUGCAGCCCAUCCUACUGGCCUCAAGCAACAACUCAAAUAUGAGGAAUGAGGUGCUGCUGUACUCUGAGCCAGACUUCCAGGGUGAGUGUCACGUCAUUGAUCGCAAUCAGGAAACAAUUCCGGAAAGACUAGUGACCAAGUCGUGCCGAGUGGCGGGAGGAAGCUGGGUGGUCUACGAGGAUGCACAAUACUCUGGGAACUUGUAUGUCUUAUCUGAAGGCACUUAUCCAAAUUUGACCAGCAUGGGAUGUCCACCCGGCUUCGUCGUCCGUUCGGUCAAGGCCGUGCCAAUGACAUUCUCAGUUCCCUCCAUCUCUCUGUUUGGCCUUGAGUGUCUGGAGGGCAGAGAGAUCACCACAGAGACCGAGAUCAUCAACAUGGUUGAAGAGGGCUUCAACGACCACAUCCUGUCCGUCAGGAUCAACAGCGGCUGUUGGGUGUUGUUUGAACACAGCAACUACAGAGGGCGCCAGUUCCUGCUGGAAAAAAUUGAAAUCCCCAACUGGUUGAAGUUUAGCUCGCUACAGACUGUGGGCUCAAUGUACCCAGUCAGACAGAAGCGCUGCUUUUUCCGCAUCAAGAACAAAGAGCGCGGCCACUUCAUGUCCGUCCAGGGUGGCGUGGAGGAGAUGAAAUCUGGAAGAGUGGUGGUGACCGCAGAGGUAGAGCCCAUGAGUGACAUGUGGUUCUACCAGGAUGGCUUCAUCAAGAACAAGUUGGCCCCAAACAUGAGCCUUCAGGUGAUGGGCAACAUAGAGCCAGGAGCAAAGGUGGUUUUGUGGACCGAGACCCGGCAGCCUAUACAGACCUGGACAGCCCAGAUGAGAGGUCUCAUUAGCAGCCUUUCCUUCCCUGGCAUGGUCCUGGAUGUCAAAGGUGGCAAAACUUACGACAAAGACCACGUGUUGAUUAUGCCGGAGAACGAGGAGAGGCUGAGCCAACAGUGGGAGAUCGAGCUGCUGUAACCUCCUAUAAAAACCUCAUGUUUUACUUCCUAAAAAUAUGCUGGGAACCAACACUGUCACUGCCUUACAAUGUGAUUUUAUUUAAGUGCCUCCAUGUUAACUGGGAUGAACAUCACAGCAGUAGGAACACACUGAAGUGUUAUGUCAAGCGUUAAGUUAGGUAAUGAUUGUGUGUAAGGACUAUGAAAAAGAAAACCGAGUGCCUUGUUGUGACUUGCUGCAGCGACUCAGUAAGGUAAAAAUGUCUUGUCGGGGUGUGCUGAACCACUGCGCACAAGCCCAGCACAGAACCAUCAUUUGUAUGCAGUUCCACAUCUUCCACAUCUUAAACUCUGACCUUUAUCUGAUGUUAUUGUUUGUCAGCAAUUUGAGUAUUCAAACUAAUACCUCCUUGUUUGUAUGAUCUCAGCCUCAUGCAAAUUUCCUGACCGUAGAAGUGCCUGCAUUUUAUGCUUGGGUGACUUAGCUAAAAUCAAGUUUUCGUUGCAUCUGGAGCGAGCAGCAGGUGGAUGAAUGAGGCCAAAUGAAUGCGUGAUGUGCAAAGAAUACACUCAGUGCUUUUUUAAGAUAUAUUUUUAUAUGUGCUGUAUGUGUUGAUGUUUGUGUUGUGGGAGUUGUUGCAGUUAUGUAUGCAGUAUAUCACAUUGCGCUGUGCAGUGCCAUGAAAUGGGUUGUGUGUGUGUGUGUACGGAUACUCUAUUUGUUGUCAUUGUUGUUGUUUUUAACUCGAAUCGAACAUAUAUACAUACAUAUAUACAUACAGUAAUUGCAUCAGCUGUAUAUUAAUACAUGAUACUAAAGAUGUGAUGUAAAAUGUUAUGUAAGAGGGGAGUGGAAUAUUAUAAUAUAAAUAAAUAAAAGUGUUAAGGAAAACAAA